AUGGAGAUGACACUGCCGCCUCUGUCUCCUCCUUCCGACGACAAGUGCAAUCGGAACGAUGAGGAUUCAAAGGAUCAGAUUAGUCAGUUGCCAGAUGAACUGAUCGUCUCUAUUCUGUCUUUCAUGACUUUGAAAGAAGCAGUCAGAACCAGUGUUCUUUCACACAGAUGGAAACAACUUUGGCCAUUCUUCACUGGUAGUUUGGACUUUGAUGAUCCAGAUACUUUUUGGGCCAUUGCUGAUCGAAAGAAAAAAAUUAAAGGAGAAAGGAGAAAGUUUGUGAAAAGGGUGAACCAUGUUCUAAAAUUACAUCAAGGCUCAAAUAUAGACCAAUUCAGAAUUUGUUUUGAGUUUGAUAACCAUCAUAAACAUCACAUUGAUGGAUGGAUUGACUCUGCAAUCUCAAAGGGAGUUAAGAGGCUUGAAUUGGACUUUACACCAACAGAGGCAUGCGAAAAACAAAUGCUUUAUACAUUUCCACCAAAAGUUCUGUGGUUGGAGUAUCUUGCUUCAAGUCCCUGA